CGACAUUUUUUUGUAAAUAAACGAAUGACAGACUCGACUGACGGUUAAAUAUCUACCGAAACCAUCGAUAUUACGGCGUUCUGUGAGUCGAUUGUGUAUUAAGGCUGGUUUGGCGACGUUGAUGUCUUUCCUACGCGCCAGUUUGCUGCCAACCACUAGCGUCAGCCUGUUCUCUGCCAUACAGAUAGCUUGUGGCCAAUGCCGCGGGCUGCACCUGCCCACAGAAGUGGACUGUCAACAGAGAUCAGCGGAUACCUGCGUCCCCACGUGGCUGUUGGACUGAGGAGGAGGGGGGCUUGUUGGUUUCCCCAAAACUGAAUGCUAACAUGUCGGAGUUAAAUAAAGAGGUGCUUGAUUUGGUGUGGAGUAGACCCUCUGGUGGAGUCGUGUCAGCUUCCAUCUUCCGUAGAUGGACACAAGGGUUUGUCUUUAGUGAGAAUGAGCACACGGCGUUGGAGCAGUUCGAAGGAGGACCAUGUGCUGUCAUUGCUCCCGUUCAGGCUUUCCUUUUGAAGAACGUUCUCUUCAACCGUGAAAGCUCCAACUGGAGACAGAUGUCAGAGGAGGACCAGAAAGCAGCUCUGUGUUCAACCUUGAGUGAAAUCCUGGAGUCAGCCUGUUCCAGCCCCUCCACAGGGUUCUGCCUGGUAACCUGGGCCAAGGGACAGAGCCCACAUACGAGCACACAAACCAACACACAGACACAGUCGCCUCCACAAACACAGGACACGCCAAAGCCGGAGAGCAGCCAGCCAUCACAGGAACAGCAACCCACUGCGUUGGCUGUUGAAGACCUUGGCUUUGAGCGAUUUCACAGUGUUCUUCACAAGCGAACUGUCAUGUCAGUGUCUGAUCUCAGAGAAGAGGUGCUGUCUCUCUACCACACCUGGAGAGGGUGCUGUGGAGUCUUGCUUUUUCUUUACUCGGUCAUCCUCACGAAGGGCAUAGAGAAUAUAAAAAAUGAGAUUCAGGACACGAUGGAGCCUCUUAUAGAUCCAGUGCACGGCCAUGGAAGUCAGAGCCUGGUGAAUCUCCUUGUGACCGGCCAUGCUGUCUCUAAUGUAUGGGAUGGAGACAGAGAGUGUUCUGGCAUGAAGCUCCAUGGAAUUCAUAAACAAGCAUCUGUUGGCUUCCUCACGCUCAUGGAAUCACUCCGCUACUGCAAGGUCGGGACUUUCCUCAAGUCUCCAAAGUUCCCUAUUUGGAUCCUUGGCAGCGAAACUCACCUCUCUGUAUUUUUCACCAAGGAGAUGUCACUUGUGGGUCCAGAGUCUCCUUCAGAACAGGCCAGGAGGGUGUUCCAGUCAUUUGAUCCUGAAGAUAAUGGCUUCAUCCCAGAAUCUCUGCUGGAAGAUGUGAUGAAAGCUCUUGACCUUGUCUCGGAGCCGGAGUACGUCAGCCUGGUGAAGAGCAAGCUGGAUCCAGAGAGCCUGGGAAUCAUUCUCCUGGGCCCGUUCCUGCUGGAGUUCUUCCCCGACCAGGAUUCAGGAAUCCCAGACUCAUUUCCCGUCUACCACUACAAUGGGCUUAAACAGUCCAACCACAAGGAGAGGGUGGAGUACGUCGAGGGGACGGCUCUGGUGCUGGGUUUUGAGGACCCCAUGGUUCGCACGGACGACACGCCGGUGAAGCGCUGCCUACAGACCAAGUGGCCCUACAUCGAGCUGCUGUGGACCACCGACCGCUCCCCGUCGCUCAACUAGACACGCACACACACACACACACACACACGCCCCUUUACAGCAGGCUACAAAGACUGAGACACUAACGACACAUUCGAAUGAGAACAAGACAAAAAAAAAAAAAAAAAA